AUUUAGGGUUUCUCUUAUCUUCAGUUUCCAUGGAGAAAUCCGAGUUUGGGAGAAGAGGUGAGCGCAGACUUCCACCAUCACCAAAGGUGGCACCAUGGCUUGUUUUCCCACAUGGUAAAGAUGGGUCGAUGAUAGAAAAACAACAAACUGCAUUUUAGGAAAGGUCGAACACAUGGAUAAAGUUAUAGAGGUUAUGGAAAACAUAGCUGGUGUUACUAGGGACGAUGAGAAAGAAGAUACGGAAGAAAGAAGGCUAGGGAUUAUGCCUCUCGAUGAUUUGGUAUGGUUGGUAUCAAACUAUCUUCAUAUAUUGGAUUACAUACAUUUACGUGCAGUGAGUAAAACAUACCGUGCGAUGAUGAAUCUCAGAAGAUCCUCUUCUACUAGAACUUUCAGGACCACAGAUUUAUCCCCGUGGCUGGUUUUCUCCAACUAUGAUAGAUCCAUCUACAAUUUCGUAAACCCACUGCAUAAUAAUGAGAAAUACCUCAUUAGUAUUCCUGAAAUUGUAAAAGGUUCUAGCAUUUCCUUUUCGAAAGGUGGGUGGUUGCUCAUGGUGAACGGCCUGACUUUGUUCUUCCACAAUCCCUUCACGAGAUCCAGUAUUAAACUUCCAGACCUCCCAGAUAAUGAUGGCAUCCCUUUCUCAGGUAUCUCGUUCUCAUUUUUGCCGACUUCUGCUGAUUGUGUAGUUUUUGCCAUCGAUAAACAAUUGAAUGCUAGUGUGUCCAUCUUCUUCAUUAAACGGGGAGAAGAAUACUGGAGGUAUGAUUCCUUUGACGCUACUACUUAUUUACCUCUCAAUAAGAAACAAAUGGGGUUCGAGAUGGAUUGGAACAAUCCAGUUUUCUACAACGGAGCAUUCUAUUGCCUAGACAUAAAUGGAACUUUAGGAGUAUCUAAACUAGAGAAUGACAAUAUAAGUUGGGAAGUUUUAGCCAUGGUAAUUCCGCAUAAUUGUGAGUUUAUCUAUAAGAGUUACUUGGUGGAGUGUGAAGGAAAACUUUUGUGUGUGUUCUUAGGCCAUUUGGGGAAAUGGGUUCGUGUUUAUAGAUUGGAUGACACUCAAAUGGUUUGGGUUGAAGUUAAAGAUCUGGGGAGGCAUAUGCUGUGUGUUAGCAAUACAUCUUCUAUCUCGGCAGUUGCCCCGGUUAGCCAAAUGGAGAACAAAAUCUACCUUCCGAGGCUACAUGAAAAAUGGAUUUUAUUCUAUUCCCUUGAUACAGGUAUGUAUCACUGUGUUGGUACUAAUAGACAUUCUGCCAAAGAUUACGAAGGUGAAGUUAUACUGCAGUUGGAUUGAGCCCAACUGGUCAGAGACCUCAGAUCAGUCUCUUGACUGGCUUAGCAUUUAGAUGAACUUAUAUGGCUUCGUGGUGUAGUUUGUUAUCACGUCAUCUGAAGCUCUCCAGUUUGAUCCUCAGCAAAGCGGGAUUUGCCUUUGUACAGUGAAAAAUAGAAUUAUUUUGUGAGACGGUCUCUCGACUGCCUAGCAACUUGUCCAAGUUUAUUUUAUUUUUGUUUUAUUUUUAUUUCCAACCCCCACCACACCAAAGAAAAGAGAGGAUUUUUCUCUCAAAGAAGUUGUUUCAACAGAAAUCAAACACACACACAAAGAUGGUGUUGUUGGCAACAAAUUGCCGCUCAACCUGGUUGUUUCACUACCACACAUAAAUCCUAUGUCCCAUUCUUCUUCUAUUUCUGUUGUUGUUUUGGGAGCUUCUCCACUUUCACCAAUGGCCAUACAAAAUUAUACCAUUAUUUGGAUUCAAAGACCAACGACGUUUGCAACAUAAGAGCCCCAUAUUUACCUUCGCUACUAAUAAUAAUCAAAGCCUAAUCAAAUUCCUACAAAAAAACCCAUUUCUUGAUUUUGAUUUUUCUCCAUAACCCAAAGUCAAAAGCAAUCAAAUUUUAGACUACCAUCAGCUACAGAGAAAACCCAUUUCUUGAAUUGAUUCAGAUAGUCAAUUCUUCAUGGCUUUGCAAGUAACUGGUGCAAGUUUUUCUCUGUUAAAGAAUAGUAGAAAUCGUAGUAGUAUAAUAAGAGGUGUUGCUUCUGAAGAGUCUGUUACUAUUCAAACCGGAGGAGAAGAUAAGGUGAAAUUGGGUGGUUCUGAUUUAAAAGUUACAAAACUUGGGAUUGGAGCUUGGUCAUGGGGUGACACCAGCUACUGGAACAACUUUGAAUGGGAUGAUAGGAAACUGAAAGCUGCAAAAACUGCUUUUGAUGCUAGUGUUGACUCUGGUAUAACAUUCUUUGAUACUGCUGAGGUUUAUGGCUCAAAGUUCUCCUUUGGCGCAGUCAACUCCGAAACUCUACUCGGAAGAUUUAUCAAGGAAAGGAAGCAAAAAGAUCCAGGAGUGGAGGUAGCUGUUGCAACCAAGUUUGCAGCAUUACCAUGGAGGCUUGGUCGUGGGAGUGUCAUCUCAGCGCUUAAGGAUUCUCUUGAUAGGCUCAAUCUAUCUUCAGUCGAACUUUACCAGCUUCAUUGGCCUGGAUUAUGGGGAAAUGAAGAUUAUAUUAACGGGCUUGCUGAUGCCGUUGAACAAGGCCUUGUAAAGGCUGUAGGUGUCUCCAAUUACAGUGAAAAACGUCUACGAGCUGCUUACAAGCAGCUUAAAAGCAGGGGGAUUCCUUUAGCUUCUAACCAAGUGAACUACAGCCUUAUAUACAGAAUUCCAGAGGACAAUGGUGUGAAAGCUACUUGUGAUGAGCUUGGGAUCACAUUGAUUGCAUAUUCGCCUAUAGCGCAAGGUGCUCUUACCGGUAAAUAUACACCAGCAAAUCCGCCAACAGGUCCUCGAGGCCGUAUAUAUACUCCAGAAUUCCUCACAGAGCUGCAACCUCUUGUGAACAGAAUAAAGGAUAUAGGACAAAGCUACAACAAAACUCCUACACAGGUUGUUCUUAACUGGCUAGUUUCCCAAGAAAAUGUUGUGCCAAUUCCAGGAGCUAAAAAUGCAGAACAGGCCAAAGAAUUUGCAGGUGCAAUAGGAUGGGAACUCACUAAUGAUGAAAUCGCAGAUCUGCGAAGUUUAGCAUCAAAAACAAAACCUGUUAUGGGUUUCCCAGUCGAAAAGUUGUAAAUCCGUGCAGGAGAUCUGUAGACCAGGCCACUUUGUAAUGAUUACAAUCAUGUUACACACCAUUCAAUAUUGGUGCUAAAUACAAGGUUUAUAAACACAAUACAUAUAAUGAAAAUAUUUUCUCCACAA